UAUGUUGUAUGCUUUUCUGUUAGCUGGUUCACCAGUGAGGCUGGUCAACUCUGACAACCGCUGCUCUGGCAGAGUGGAGGUCUACCAUGAAGGACAGUGGGGGACAGUGUGUGACGAUGCCUGGGACCUGAACGACGCCAAUGUGGUGUGCAGACAGCUGGGCUGUGGCGAGGCUCUUUCAGCUCUACAAAAUGCAGCUUUUGGACAGGGCAGUGGACCCAUCUGGUUGGAUGAUGUCAGCUGUUCAGGAAAUGAACCAUCGAUAACAGACUGCAGACAUCAAGGAUUUGGGGUCCACAACUGCGGUCACAUUGAAGAUGCCAGUGUUGUUUGUUAUGUUCAACCAGAACUCAACAGCACAAAUUUACCAACCACACCUGAUCCAAGACCACAAAGCUCCACCAUCGCUCAGGUGACAUCUGACAUCACGGACGUAACAACAGCAGGUAACAGCACAGCAGUUGAGGGGCAGGUCCGCCUGGCUGAUGGAAACAGUUCCUGCUCUGGUAGAGUCGAGAUCUUCCACCGAGGACAGUGGGGCACAGUAUGUGACGAUGCCUGGGACCUGACUGAUGCUCAAGUGGUGUGCAGACAGUUGGGCUGUGGCAGGGUCCUGUCAGCACCACAAAAUGCACGCUUUGGACAGGGCGAAGGGCCUAUUUGGUUGGAUAAUGUCAUGUGUACAGGCAGCGAAUCAGAGCUCAGCGAGUGCAGACACCAAGGGAUUGGAUCUCACAACUGUGGACACCAUGAGGAUGCUGGUGUAGUCUGUGAAGCUGGUUCACCAGUGAGGCUGGUCAACUCUGACAACCGCUGCUCUGGCAGAGUGGAGGUCUACCAUGAAGGACAGUGGGGGACAGUGUGUGACGAUGCCUGGGACCUGAACGACGCCAAUGUGGUGUGCAGACAGCUGGGCUGUGGCGAGGCUCUUUCAGCUCUACAAAAUGCAGCUUUUGGACAGGGCAGUGGACCCAUCUGGUUGGAUGAUGUCAGCUGUUCAGGAAAUGAACCAUCGAUAACAGACUGCAGACAUCAAGGAUUUGGGGUCCACAACUGCGGUCACAUUGAAGAUGCCAGUGUUGUUUGUUAUGUUCAACCAGAACUCAACAGCACAAAUUUACCAACCACACCUGAUCCAAGACCACAAAGCUCCACCAUCGCUCAGGUGACAUCUGACAUCACGGACGUAACAACAGCAGGUAACAGCACAGCAGUUGAGGGGCAGGUCCGCCUGGCUGAUGGAAACAGUUCCUGCUCUGGUAGAGUCGAGAUCUUCCACCGAGGACAGUGGGGCACAGUAUGUGACGAUGCCUGGGACCUGACUGAUGCUCAAGUGGUGUGCAGACAGUUGGGCUGUGGCAGGGUCCUGUCAGCACCACAAAAUGCACGCUUUGGACAGGGCGAAGGGCCUAUUUGGUUGGAUAAUGUCAUGUGUACAGGCAGCGAAUCAGAGCUCAGCGAGUGCAGACACCAAGGGUUUGGAUCUCACAACUGUGGACACCAUGAGGAUGCUGGUGUAGUCUGUGAAGGUAAACACAAACUUGAGCCUGGUUCACCAGUGAGGCUGGUCAUCUCUGACAACCGCUGCUCUGGCAGAGUGGAGGUCUACCAUGAAGGACAGUGGGGGACAGUGUGUGACGAUGCCUGGGAUCUGAACGACGCCAAUGUGGUGUGCAGACAGCUGGGCUGUGGCGAGGCUCUUUCAGCUCUACAAAAUGCAGCUUUUGGACAGGGCAGUGGACCCAUCUGGUUGGAUGAUGUCAGCUGUUCAGGAAAUGAACCAUCGAUAACAGACUGCAGACAUCAAGGAUUUGGGGUCCACAACUGCGGUCACAUUGAAGAUGCCAGUGUUGUUUGUUAUGGUAACAGCACAGCAGUUGAGGGGCAGGUCCGCCUGGCUGAUGGAAACAGUUCCUGCUCUGGUAGAGUCGAGAUCUUCCACCGAGGACAGUGGGGCACAGUAUGUGACGAUGCCUGGGACCUGACUGAUGCUCAAGUGGUGUGCAGACAGUUGGGAUGUGGCAGGGUCCUGUCAGCACCACAAAAUGCACGCUUUGGACAGGGCGAAGGGCCUAUUUGGUUGGAUAAUGUCAUGUGUACAGGCAGCGAAUCAGAGCUCAGCGAGUGCAGACACCAAGGGAUUGGAUCUCACAACUGUGGACACCAUGAGGAUGCUGGUGUAGUCUGUGAAGCUGGUUCACCAGUGAGGCUGGUCAACUCUGACAACCGCUGCUCUGGCAGAGUGGAGGUCUACCAUGAAGGACAGUGGGGGACAGUGUGUGACGAUGCCUGGGACCUGAACGACGCCAAUGUGGUGUGCAGACAGCUGGGCUGUGGCGAGGCUCUUUCAGCUCUACAAAAUGCAGCUUUUGGACAGGGCAGUGGACCCAUCUGGUUGGAUGAUGUCAGCUGUUCAGGAAAUGAACCAUCGAUAACAGACUGCAGACAUCAAGGAUUUGGGGUCCACAACUGCGGUCACAUUGAAGAUGCCAGUGUUGUUUGUGAAGCUGGUUCAGUGAGGCUGGUCAACUCUGACAACCGCUGCUCUGGCAGAGUGGAGGUCUACCAUGAAGGACAGUGGGGGACAGUGUGUGACGAUGCCUGGGACCUGAACGACGCCAAUGUGGUGUGCAGACAGCUGGGCUGUGGCGAGGCUCGUUCAGCACUACAAAGUGCAGCUUUUGGACAGGGCAGUGGACCCAUCUGGUUGGAUGAUGUCAUCUGUUCAGGAAAUGAACCUUGGAUAACAGACUGCGGACAUCAAGGAUUUGGGGUCCACAACUGCGGUCAUGGUGAAGAUGCUGCUGUGGUCUGUGACAAUGGGCAGGUCCGCCUGGCUGAUGGAAACAGCUCCUGCUCUGGUAGAGUAGAGAUCUUCUACCGAGGACAGUGGGGCACAGUGUGUGAUGAUGCCUGGGACCUGACUGAUGCUCAGGUGGUGUGCAGACAGUUGGGCUGUGGCAGGGUCCUGUCAGCACCACAAAGAGCACGCUUUGGACAGGGCAGAGGGCCUAUUUGGUUGGAUAAUGUCGUAUGCACAGGCAGCGAAUCAGAGCUCAGCGAGUGCAGACACCAAGGGAUUGGAACUCACAACUGUAGACACCGUGAGGAUGCUGGUGUGGUCUGUGAAGCUGGUUCAACAGUGAGGCUGGUCAACUCUGACAACCGCUGCUCUGGCAGAGUGGAGGUCUACCAUGAAGGACAGUGGGGGACAGUGUGUGAUGAUGCCUGGGACCUGAACGACGCCAAUGUGGUGUGCAGACAGCUGGGCUGUGGCGAGGCUCUUUCAGCUCUACAAAGUGCAACUUUUGGACAGGGCAGUGGACCCAUCUGGCUGGAUGAUGUCAGCUGUUCAGGAAAUGAACCAUCGAUAACAGACUGCAGACAUCAAGGAUUUGGGGUCCACAACUGCGGUCAUGGUGAACAUGCUGGUGUGGUCUGUGAAGCUGGUUCAGUGAGGCUGGUCAACUCUGACAACCGCUGCUCUGGCAGAGUGGAGGUCUUACAUAAUGGACAGUGGGGGACAGUCUGUGAUGAUUUCUGGGACCUGAAUGACGCCAAUGUGGUGUGCAGACAGCUGGGCUGUGGCAGGGCUCGUUCAGCACUACAUAAUGCAGCUUUUGGACAGGGCAGAGGAGCCAUCUGGUUGGAUGAUGUCAGCUGUUCAGGAAAUGAACCAUGGAUAACAGACUGCAGACAUCGAGGAUUUGGGGUCCACUACUGCAGUCACAGUGAAGAUGCUGCUGUGGUCUGUGAACCCAAUUGGACACUUGUAGCCAGUUGUGAUUUGUGUCAUGAUGAAGCCACCUGCCAGGAGUCACGAGAAAGAGGCGACACCUUUGCCAGCCAGGCGCUCUCUUGUGUCUGUAAAGAUGGUUAUGUAGGCAAUGGUCUCACCUGUUACAGCACAAAACUCUGCAGUGACUCUUCUUGCUGUAGCCAAGGUUAUCAUUGGUCGCCAGACAGCGGCUGUGUGGACACUGACGAGUGCUCCCUCCCAGACUCGCCCUGUGCUCCACCUCAGGUUUGCCAAAACACACCAGGCUCCUUUGAAUGCAUGGAGCCUUCCUCCAGCACCAGAUCAGGCCCCUCUUCCCAGUCUGUCCAGUUCAACUGUGGAGACAAUGUUUGUCCUAUAGGCAUGGACUGCAUCGGAAAUAAUGGGCAUGACUGUGCCGACCCCUGUGACCACUACACUGUACUGGAUGAUGAGUGGCAGGUUAACAGAACAGAACCUGCAGUUGCUUCAACCACACCUGAUCCAAGACCACAAAGCUCCACCAUUGCUCAGGUGACAUCUGACAUCACGGACGUAACAACAGCAGGUAACAGCACAGCAGUUGAGGGGCAGGUCCGCCUGGCUGAUGGAAACAGUUCCUGCUCUGGUAGAGUCGAGAUCUUCUACCGAGGACAGUGGGGCUCAGUGUGUGACGAUGCCUGGGACCUGACUGAUGCUCAAGUGGUGUGCAGACAGUUGGGCUGUGGCAGGGUCCUGUCAGCACCACAAAGUGCACGCUUUGGACAGGGCGAAGGGCCUAUUUGGUUGGAUGAUGUCAUGUGCACAGGCAGCGAAUCAGAGCUCAGUGAGUGCGGACACCAAGGGAUUGGAUCUCACAACUGUGGACACCAUGAGGAUGCUGGUGUAGUCUGUGAAGCUGGUUCACCAGUGAGGCUGGUCAACUCUGACAACCGCUGCUCUGGCAGAGUGGAGGUCUACCAUGAAGGACAGUGGGGGACAGUGUGUGAUGAUGCCUGGGACCUGAACGAUGCCAAUGUGGUGUGCAGACAGCUGGGCUGUGGCGAGGCUCUUUCAGCUCUACAAAGUGCAGCUUUUGGACAGGGCAGUGGACCCAUCUGGUUGGAUGAUGUCAGCUGUUCAGGAAAUGAACCAUCGAUAACAGACUGCAGACAUCAAGGAUUUGGGGUCCACAACUGCCGUCACGUUGAAGAUGCCAGUGUUGUUUGUUAUGUUCAACCAGAACUCAACAGCACAAAUUUACCAACCACACCUGAUCCAAGACCACAAAGCUCCACCAUUGCUCAGGUGACAUCUGACAUCACGGACGUAACAACAGCAGGUAACAGCACAGCAGUUGAGGGGCAGGUCCGCCUGGCUGAUGGAAACAGUUCCUGCUCUGGUAGAGUCGAGAUCUUCUACCGAGGACAGUGGGGCACAGUGUGUGACGAUGCCUGGGACCUGACUGAUGCUCAAGUGGUGUGCAGACAGUUGGGCUGUGGCAGGGUCCUGUCAGCACCACAAAGUGCACGCUUUGGACAGGGCGAAGGGCCUAUUUGGUUGGAUGAUGUCAUGUGCACAGGCAGCGAAUCAGAGCUCAGUGAGUGCGGACACCAAGGGAUUGGAUCUCACAACUGUGGACACCAUGAGGAUGCUGGUGUAGUCUGUGAAGCUGGUUCACCAGUGAGGCUGGUCAACUCUGACAACCGCUGCUCUGGCAGAGUGGAGGUCUACCAUGAAGGACAGUGGGGGACAGUGUGUGAUGAUGCCUGGGACCUGAACGAUGCCAAUGUGGUGUGCAGACAGCUGGGCUGUGGCGAGGCUCUUUCAGCUCUACAAAGUGCAGCUUUUGGACAGGGCAGUGGACCCAUCUGGUUGGAUGAUGUCAGCUGUUCAGGAAAUGAACCAUCGAUAACAGACUGCAGACAUCAAGGAUUUGGGGUCCACAACUGCCGUCACGUUGAAGAUGCCAGUGUUGUUUGUUAUGUUCAACCAGAACUCAACAGCACAAAUUUACCAACCACACCUGAUCCAAGACCACAAAGCUCCACCAUUGCUCAGGUGACAUCUGACAUCACGGACGUAACAACAGCAGGUAACAGCACAGCAGUUGAGGGGCAGGUCCGCCUGGCUGAUGGAAACAGUUCCUGCUCUGGUAGAGUCGAGAUCUUCUACCGAGGACAGUGGGGCACAGUGUGUGACGAUGCCUGGGACCUGACUGAUGCUCAAGUGGUGUGCAGACAGUUGGGCUGUGGCAGGGUCCUGUCAGCACCACAAAGUGCACGCUUUGGACAGGGCGAAGGGCCUAUUUGGUUGGAUGAUGUCAUGUGCACAGGCAGCGAAUCAGAGCUCAGUGAGUGCGGACACCAAGGGAUUGGAUCUCACAACUGUGGACACCAUGAGGAUGCUGGUGUAGUCUGUGAAGCUGGUUCACCAGUGAGGCUGGUCAACUCUGACAACCGCUGCUCUGGCAGAGUGGAGGUCUACCAUGAAGGACAGUGGGGGACAGUGUGUGAUGAUGCCUGGGACCUGAACGAUGCCAAUGUGGUGUGCAGACAGCUGGGCUGUGGCGAGGCUCUUUCAGCUCUACAAAGUGCAGCUUUUGGACAGGGCAGUGGACCCAUCUGGUUGGAUGAUGUCAGCUGUUCAGGAAAUGAACCAUCGAUAACAGACUGCAGACAUCAAGGAUUUGGGGUCCACAACUGCCGUCACGUUGAAGAUGCCAGUGUUGUUUGUUAUGUUCAACCAGAACUCAACAGCACAAAUUUACCAACCACACCUGAUCCAAGACCACAAAGCUCCACCAUUGCUCAGGUGACAUCUGACAUCACGGACGUAACAACAGCAGGUAACAGCACAGCAGUUGAGGGGCAGGUCCGCCUGGCUGAUGGAAACAGUUCCUGCUCUGGUAGAGUCGAGAUCUUCUACCGAGGACAGUGGGGCACAGUGUGUGACGAUGCCUGGGACCUGACUGAUGCUCAAGUGGUGUGCAGACAGUUGGGCUGUGGCAGGGUCCUGUCAGCACCACAAAGUGCACGCUUUGGACAGGGCGAAGGGCCUAUUUGGUUGGAUGAUGUCAUGUGCACAGGCAGCGAAUCAGAGCUCAGUGAGUGCGGACACCAAGGGAUUGGAUCUCACAACUGUGGACACCAUGAGGAUGCUGGUGUAGUCUGUGAAGCUGGUUCACCAGUGAGGCUGGUCAACUCUGACAACCGCUGCUCUGGCAGAGUGGAGGUCUACCAUGAAGGACAGUGGGGGACAGUGUGUGAUGAUGCCUGGGACCUGAACGAUGCCAAUGUGGUGUGCAGACAGCUGGGCUGUGGCGAGGCUCGUUCAGCUCUACAAAGUGCAGCUUUUGGACAGGGCAGUGGACCCAUCUGGUUGGAUGAUGUCAGCUGUUCAGGAAAUGAACCAUCGAUAACAGACUGCAGACAUCAAGGAUUUGGGGUCCACAACUGCCGUCACGUUGAAGAUGCCAGUGUUGUUUGUUAUGUUCAACCAGAACUCAACAGCACAAAUUUACCAACCACACCUGAUCCAAGACCACAAAGCUCCACCAUUGCUCAGGUGACAUCUGACAUCACGGACGUAACAACAGCAGGUAACAGCACAGCAGUUGAGGGGCAGGUCCGCCUGGCUGAUGGAAACAGUUCCUGCUCUGGUAGAGUCGAGAUCUUCUACCGAGGACAGUGGGGCACAGUGUGUGACGAUGCCUGGGACCUGACUGAUGCUCAAGUGGUGUGCAGACAGUUGGGCUGUGGCAGGGUCCUGUCAGCACCACAAAGUGCACGCUUUGGACAGGGCGAAGGGCCUAUUUGGUUGGAUGAUGUCAUGUGCACAGGCAGCGAAUCAGAGCUCAGUGAGUGCGGACACCAAGGGAUUGGAUCUCACAACUGUGGACACCAUGAGGAUGCUGGUGUAGUCUGUGAAGCUGGUUCACCAGUGAGGCUGGUCAACUCUGACAACCGCUGCUCUGGCAGAGUGGAGGUCUACCAUGAAGGACAGUGGGGGACAGUGUGUGAUGAUGCCUGGGACCUGAACGAUGCCAAUGUGGUGUGCAGACAGCUGGGCUGUGGCGAGGCUCUUUCAGCUCUACAAAGUGCAGCUUUUGGACAGGGCAGUGGACCCAUCUGGUUGGAUGAUGUCAGCUGUUCAGGAAAUGAACCAUCGAUAACAGACUGCAGACAUCAAGGAUUUGGGGUCCACAACUGCCGUCACGUUGAAGAUGCCAGUGUUGUUUGUUAUGUUCAACCAGAACUCAACAGCACAAAUUUACCAACCACACCUGAUCCAAGACCACAAAGCUCCACCAUUGCUCAGGUGACAUCUGACAUCACGGACGUAACAACAGCAGGUAACAGCACAGCAGUUGAGGGGCAGGUCCGCCUGGCUGAUGGAAACAGUUCCUGCUCUGGUAGAGUCGAGAUCUUCUACCGAGGACAGUGGGGCACAGUGUGUGACGAUGCCUGGGACCUGACUGAUGCUCAAGUGGUGUGCAGACAGUUGGGCUGUGGCAGGGUCCUGUCAGCACCACAAAGUGCACGCUUUGGACAGGGCGAAGGGCCUAUUUGGUUGGAUGAUGUCAUGUGCACAGGCAGCGAAUCAGAGCUCAGUGAGUGCGGACACCAAGGGAUUGGAUCUCACAACUGUGGACACCAUGAGGAUGCUGGUGUAGUCUGUGAAGCUGGUUCACCAGUGAGGCUGGUCAACUCUGACAACCGCUGCUCUGGCAGAGUGGAGGUCUACCAUGAAGGACAGUGGGGGACAGUGUGUGAUGAUGCCUGGGACCUGAACGAUGCCAAUGUGGUGUGCAGACAGCUGGGCUGUGGCGAGGCUCUUUCAGCUCUACAAAGUGCAGCUUUUGGACAGGGCAGUGGACCCAUCUGGUUGGAUGAUGUCAGCUGUUCAGGAAAUGAACCAUCGAUAACAGACUGCAGACAUCAAGGAUUUGGGGUCCACAACUGCCGUCACGUUGAAGAUGCCAGUGUUGUUUGUUAUGUUCAACCAGAACUCAACAGCACAAAUUUACCAACCACACCUGAUCCAAGACCACAAAGCUCCACCAUUGCUCAGGUGACAUCUGACAUCACGGACGUAACAACAGCAGGUAACAGCACAGCAGUUGAGGGGCAGGUCCGCCUGGCUGAUGGAAACAGUUCCUGCUCUGGUAGAGUCGAGAUCUUCUACCGAGGACAGUGGGGCACAGUGUGUGACGAUGCCUGGGACCUGACUGAUGCUCAAGUGGUGUGCAGACAGUUGGGCUGUGGCAGGGUCCUGUCAGCACCACAAAGUGCACGCUUUGGACAGGGCGAAGGGCCUAUUUGGUUGGAUGAUGUCAUGUGCACAGGCAGCGAAUCAGAGCUCAGUGAGUGCGGACACCAAGGGAUUGGAUCUCACAACUGUGGACACCAUGAGGAUGCUGGUGUAGUCUGUGAAGCUGGUUCACCAGUGAGGCUGGUCAACUCUGACAACCGCUGCUCUGGCAGAGUGGAGGUCUACCAUGAAGGACAGUGGGGGACAGUGUGUGAUGAUGCCUGGGACCUGAACGAUGCCAAUGUGGUGUGCAGACAGCUGGGCUGUGGCGAGGCUCGUUCAGCUCUACAAAGUGCAGCUUUUGGACAGGGCAGUGGACCCAUCUGGUUGGAUGAUGUCAGCUGUUCAGGAAAUGAACCAUCGAUAACAGACUGCAGACAUCAAGGAUUUGGGGUCCACAACUGCCGUCACGUUGAAGAUGCCAGUGUUGUUUGUUAUGUUCAACCAGAACUCAACAGCACAAAUUUACCAACCACACCUGAUCCAAGACCACAAAGCUCCACCAUUGCUCAGGUGACAUCUGACAUCACGGACGUAACAACAGCAGGUAACAGCACAGCAGUUGAGGGGCAGGUCCGCCUGGCUGAUGGAAACAGUUCCUGCUCUGGUAGAGUCGAGAUCUUCUACCGAGGACAGUGGGGCACAGUGUGUGACGAUGCCUGGGACCUGACUGAUGCUCAAGUGGUGUGCAGACAGUUGGGCUGUGGCAGGGUCCUGUCAGCACCACAAAGUGCACGCUUUGGACAGGGCGAAGGGCCUAUUUGGUUGGAUGAUGUCAUGUGCACAGGCAGCGAAUCAGAGCUCAGUGAGUGCGGACACCAAGGGAUUGGAUCUCACAACUGUGGACACCAUGAGGAUGCUGGUGUAGUCUGUGAAGCUGGUUCACCAGUGAGGCUGGUCAACUCUGACAACCGCUGCUCUGGCAGAGUGGAGGUCUACCAUGAAGGACAGUGGGGGACAGUGUGUGAUGAUGCCUGGGACCUGAACGAUGCCAAUGUGGUGUGCAGACAGCUGGGCUGUGGCGAGGCUCUUUCAGCUCUACAAAGUGCAGCUUUUGGACAGGGCAGUGGACCCAUCUGGUUGGAUGAUGUCAGCUGUUCAGGAAAUGAACCAUCGAUAACAGACUGCAGACAUCAAGGAUUUGGGGUCCACAACUGCCGUCACGUUGAAGAUGCCAGUGUUGUUUGUUAUGUUCAACCAGAACUCAACAGCACAAAUUUACCAACCACACCUGAUCCAAGACCACAAAGCUCCACCAUUGCUCAGGUGACAUCUGACAUCACGGACGUAACAACAGCAGGUAACAGCACAGCAGUUGAGGGGCAGGUCCGCCUGGCUGAUGGAAACAGUUCCUGCUCUGGUAGAGUCGAGAUCUUCUACCGAGGACAGUGGGGCACAGUGUGUGACGAUGCCUGGGACCUGACUGAUGCUCAAGUGGUGUGCAGACAGUUGGGCUGUGGCAGGGUCCUGUCAGCACCACAAAGUGCACGCUUUGGACAGGGCGAAGGGCCUAUUUGGUUGGAUGAUGUCAUGUGCACAGGCAGCGAAUCAGAGCUCAGUGAGUGCGGACACCAAGGGAUUGGAUCUCACAACUGUGGACACCAUGAGGAUGCUGGUGUAGUCUGUGAAGCUGGUUCACCAGUGAGGCUGGUCAACUCUGACAACCGCUGCUCUGGCAGAGUGGAGGUCUACCAUGAAGGACAGUGGGGGACAGUGUGUGAUGAUGCCUGGGACCUGAACGAUGCCAAUGUGGUGUGCAGACAGCUGGGCUGUGGCGAGGCUCUUUCAGCUCUACAAAGUGCAGCUUUUGGACAGGGCAGUGGACCCAUCUGGUUGGAUGAUGUCAGCUGUUCAGGAAAUGAACCAUCGAUAACAGACUGCAGACAUCAAGGAUUUGGGGUCCACAACUGCCGUCACGUUGAAGAUGCCAGUGUUGUUUGUUAUGUUCAACCAGAACUCAACAGCACAAAUUUACCAACCACACCUGAUCCAAGACCACAAAGCUCCACCAUUGCUCAGGUGACAUCUGACAUCACGGACGUAACAACAGCAGGUAACAGCACAGCAGUUGAGGGGCAGGUCCGCCUGGCUGAUGGAAACAGUUCCUGCUCUGGUAGAGUCGAGAUCUUCUACCGAGGACAGUGGGGCACAGUGUGUGACGAUGCCUGGGACCUGACUGAUGCUCAAGUGGUGUGCAGACAGUUGGGCUGUGGCAGGGUCCUGUCAGCACCACAAAGUGCACGCUUUGGACAGGGCGAAGGGCCUAUUUGGUUGGAUGAUGUCAUGUGCACAGGCAGCGAAUCAGAGCUCAGUGAGUGCGGACACCAAGGGAUUGGAUCUCACAACUGUGGACACCAUGAGGAUGCUGGUGUAGUCUGUGAAGCUGGUUCACCAGUGAGGCUGGUCAACUCUGACAACCGCUGCUCUGGCAGAGUGGAGGUCUACCAUGAAGGACAGUGGGGGACAGUGUGUGAUGAUGCCUGGGACCUGAACGAUGCCAAUGUGGUGUGCAGACAGCUGGGCUGUGGCGAGGCUCUUUCAGCUCUACAAAGUGCAGCUUUUGGACAGGGCAGUGGACCCAUCUGGUUGGAUGAUGUCAGCUGUUCAGGAAAUGAACCAUCGAUAACAGACUGCAGACAUCAAGGAUUUGGGGUCCACAACUGCCGUCACGUUGAAGAUGCCAGUGUUGUUUGUUAUGUUCAACCAGAACUCAACAGCACAAAUUUACCAACCACACCUGAUCCAAGACCACAAAGCUCCACCAUUGCUCAGGUGACAUCUGACAUCACGGACGUAACAACAGCAGGUAACAGCACAGCAGUUGAGGGGCAGGUCCGCCUGGCUGAUGGAAACAGUUCCUGCUCUGGUAGAGUCGAGAUCUUCUACCGAGGACAGUGGGGCACAGUGUGUGACGAUGCCUGGGACCUGACUGAUGCUCAAGUGGUGUGCAGACAGUUGGGCUGUGGCAGGGUCCUGUCAGCACCACAAAGUGCACGCUUUGGACAGGGCGAAGGGCCUAUUUGGUUGGAUGAUGUCAUGUGCACAGGCAGCGAAUCAGAGCUCAGUGAGUGCGGACACCAAGGGAUUGGAUCUCACAACUGUGGUCACAGUGAGGAUGCUGGUGUGGUCUGUGAAGCUGGUUCACCAGUGAGGCUGGUCAACUCUGACAACCGCUGCUCUGGCAGAGUGGAGGUCUACCAUGAAGGACAGUGGGGGACAGUGUGUGACGAUGCCUGGGACCUGAACGACGCCAAUGUGGUGUGCAGACAGCUGGGCUGUGGCGAGGCUCUUUCAGCUCUACAAAAUGCAGCUUUUGGACAGGGCAGUGGACCCAUCUGGUUGGAUGAUGUCAGCUGUUCAGGAAAUGAACCAUCGAUAACAGACUGCAGACAUCAAGGAUUUGGGGUCCACAACUGCCGUCACGUUGAAGAUGCCAGUGUUGUUUGUGAAGCUGGUUCAGUGAGGCUGGUCAACUCUGACAACCGCUGCUCUGGCAGAGUGGAGGUCUACCAUGAAGGACAGUGGGGGACAGUGUGUGACGAUGCCUGGGACCUGAACGAUGCCAAUGUGGUGUGCAGACAGCUGGGCUGUGGCGAGGCUCUUUCAGCCCUAGAAAGUGCAGCUUUUGGACAGGGCAGUGGACCCAUCUGGUUGGAUGAUGUCAGCUGUUCAGGAAAUGAACCUUGGAUAACAGACUGCAGACAUCAAGGAUUUGGGGUCCACAACUGCCAUCACACUGAAGAUGCCAGUGUUGUUUGUGAAGGUAAAUGUUUACACAGGAAAUUUCCUGUGUAAACAUUUCCUGUGUCUCGCUGUGUAACAGCCUCUGCUUCAGUGAGGCUGGUCAACUCUGACAACCGCUGCUCUGGCAGAGUGGAGGUCUACCAUGAAGGACAGUGGGGGACAGUGUGUGACGAUGCCUGGGACCUGAACGACGCCAAUGUGGUGUGCAGACAGCUGGGCUGUGGCGAGGCUCUUUCAGCUCUACAAAGUGCAGCUUUUGGACAGGGCAGUGGACCCAUCUGGUUGGAUGAUGUCAGCUGUUCAGGAAAUGAACCUUGGAUAACAGACUGCGGACAUCAAGGAUUUGGGGUCCACAACUGCCAUCACACUGAAGAUGCCAGUGUUGUUUGUGAAGCUGCUUCAGUGAGGCUGGUCAACUCUGACAACCGCUGCUCUGGCAGAGUGGAGGUCUACCAUGAAGGACAGUGGGGGACAGUGUGUGAUGAUGCCUGGGACCUGAACGACGCCAAUGUGGUGUGCAGACAGCUGGGCUGUGGCGAGGCUCUUUCAGCUCUACAAAGUGCAGCUUUUGGACAGGGCAGUGGACCCAUCUGGUUGGAUGAUGUCAGCUGUUCAGGAAAUGAACCUUGGAUAACAGACUGCGGACAUCAAGGAUUUGGGGUCCACAACUGCCAUCACACUGAAGAUGCCAGUGUUGUUUGUGAAGGUAAAUUGAGGCUGGUCAACUCUGACAACCGCUGCUCUGGCAGAGUGGAGGUCUACCAUGAAGGACAGUGGGGGACAGUGUGUGACGAUGCCUGGGACCUGAACGACGCCAAUGUGGUGUGCAGACAGCUGGGCUGUGGCGAGGCUCUUUCAGCUCUAGAAAGUGCAGCUUUUGGACAGGGCAGUGGACCCAUCUGGUUGGAUGAUGUCAGCUGCUCAGGAAAUGAACCAUUGAUAACAGACUGCGGACAUCAAGGAUUUGGGGUCCACAACUGCCAUCACACUGAAGAUGCCAGUGUUGUUUGUGAAGCUGGUUCAGUGAGGCUGGUCAACUCUGACAACCGCUGCUCUGGCAGAGUGGAGGUCUACCAUGAAGGACAGUGGGGGACAGUGUGUGACGAUGCCUGGGACCUGAACGACGCCAAUGUGGUGUGCAGACAGCUGGGCUGUGGCGAGGCUCGUUCAGCACUACAAAGUGCAGCUUUUGGACAGGGCAGUGGACCCAUCUGGUUGGAUGAUGUCAGCUGUUCAGGAAAUGAACCUUGGAUAACAGACUGCGGACAUCAAGGAUUUGGGGUCCACAACUGCGGUCAUGGUGAAGAUGCUGCUGUGGUCUGUAACAGCACAGCAGUUGAGGGGCAGGUCCGCCUGGCUGAUGGAAACAGUUCCUGCUCUGGUAGAGUAGAGAUCUUCCACCGAGGACAGUGGGGCACAGUGUGUGAUGAUUUCUGGGACCUGACUGAUGCUCAGGUGGUGUGCAGACAGUUGGGCUGUGGCAGGGUCCUGGCAGAGGGCCUAUUUGGUUGGAUGAUUGGAUCUCACAACUGUAGACACCAUGAGGAUGCUGGUGUAGUCUGUGAAGCUGGUUCACCAGUGAGGCUGGUCAACUCUGACAACCGCUGCUCUGGCAGAGUGGAGGUCUACCAUGAAGGACAGUGGGGGACAGUGUGUGACGAUGCCUGGGACGUGAACGACGCCAAUGUGGUGUGCAGACAGCUGGGCUGUGGCGAGGCUCUUUCAGCUCUACAAAGUGCAGCUUUUGGACAGGGCAGUGGACCCAUCUGGUUGGAUGAUGUCAGCUGUUCAGGAAAUGAACCAUCGAUAACAGACUGCAGACAUCAAGGAUUUGGGGUCCACAACUGCCGUCACGUUGAAGAUGCCAGUGUUGUUUGUAACAGCACAGCAGUUGAGGGGCAGGUCCGCCUGGCUGAUGGAAACAGCUCCUGCUCUGGUAGAGUAGAGAUCCUCCACCGAGGACAGUGGGGCACAGUGUGUGACGAUGCCUGGGACCUGACUGAUGCUCAGGUGGUGUGCAGACAGUUGGGCUGUGGCAGGGUCCUGUCAGCACCACAAAGUGCACGCUUUGGACAGGGCAGAGGGCCUAUUUGGUUGGAUGAUGUCAUGUGCACAGGCAGCGAAUCAGAGCUCAGUGAGUGUGGACACCAAGGGAUUGGAUCUCACAACUGUAGACACCAUGAGGAUGCUGGUGUAGUCUGUGAAGGUAAACACAAAUUUGAGCCUGGUUCACCAGUGAGGCUGGUCAACUCUGACAACCGCUGCUCUGGCAGAGUGGAGGUCUACCAUGAAGGACAGUGGGGGACAGUGUGUGACGAUGCCUGGGACCUGAACGACGCCAAUGUGGUGUGCAGACAGUUGGGCUGUGGCGAGGCUCUUUCAGCUCUACAAAGUGCAGCUUUUGGACAGGGCAGUGGACCCAUCUGGUUGGAUGAUGUCAGCUGUUCAGGAAAUGAACCAUCGAUAACAGACUGCAGACAUCAAGGAUUUGGGGUCCACAACUGCCGUCACAUUGAAGAUGCCAGUGUUGUUUGUGAAGGUAGCAGUCCAGCAGUUGAGGGGCAGGUCCGCCUGGCUGAUGGAAACAGCUCCUGCUCUGGUAGAGUAGAGAUCUUCCACCGAGGACAGUGGGGCACAGUGUGUGACGAUGCCUGGGACCUGACUGAUGCUCAGGUGGUGUGCAGACAGUUGGGCUGUGGCAGGGUCCUGUCAGCACCACAAAGUGCACGCUUUGGACAGGGCAGAGGGCCUAUUUGGUUGGAUGAUGUCAUGUGCACAGGCAGCGAAUCAGAACUCAGUGAGUGCAGACACCAAGGGAUUGGAUCUCACAAUUGUAGACACCAUGAGGAUGCUGGUGUGGUCUGUGAAGCUGGUUCACCAGUGAGGCUGGUCAACUCUGACAACCGCUGCUCUGGCAGAGUGGAGGUCUACCAUGAAGGACAGUGGGGGACAGUGUGUGACGAUGCCUGGGACGUGAACAACGCCAAUGUGGUGUGCAGACAGCUGGGCUGUGGCGAGGCUCUUUCAGCUCUACAAAGUGCAGCUUUUGGACAGGGCAGUGGACCCAUCUGGUUGGAUGAUGUCAGCUGUUCAGGAAAUGAACCAUCGAUAACAGACUGCAGACAUCAAGGAUUUGGGGUCCACAACUGCCGUCACAUUGAAGAUGUCAGUGUUGUUUGUGAAGGUAAAUUUGAGGGGCAGGUCCGCCUGGCUGAUGGAAACAGCUCCUGCUCUGGUAGAGUAGAGAUCUUCCACCGAGGACAGUGGGGCACAGUGUGUGACGAUGCCUGGGACCUGACUGAUGCUCAAGUGGUGUGCAGACAGUUGGGCUGUGGCAGGGUCCUGUCAGCACCACAAAAUGCACGCUUUGGACAGGGCGAAGGGCCUAUUUGGUUGGAUGAUGUCAUGUGCACAGGCAGCGAAUCAGAGCUCAGUGAGUGCGGACACCAAGGGAUUGGAUCUCACAACUGUAGACACCAUGAGGAUGCUGGUGUGGUCUGUGAAGGUAAACACAAAUGAGGAGCUAAAACCAAUGAAAUCUCACUGUUGAGGCUGGUCAACUCUGACAACCGCUGCUCUGGCAGAGUGGAGGUCUACCAUGAAGGACAGUGGGGGACAGUGUGUGAUGAUGCCUGGGACCUGAACGACGCCAAUGUGGUGUGCAGACAGCUGGGCUGUGGCGAGGCUCUUUCAGCUCUACAAAGUGCAACUUUUGGACAGGGCAGUGGACCCAUCUGGUUGGAUGAUGUCAGCUGUUCAGGAAAUGAACCAUCGAUAACAGACUGCAGACAUCAAGGAUUUGGGGUCCACAACUGCGGUCAUGGUGAACAUGCUGGUGUGGUCUGUGAAGCUGGUUCAGUGAGGCUGGUCAUUUCUGACAACCGCUGCUCUGGCAGAGUGGAGGUCUUACAUAAUGGACAGUGGGGGACAGUUUGUGAUGAUUUCUGGGACCUGAAUGACGCCAAUGUGGUGUGCAGACAGCUGGGCUGUGGCAGGGCUCGUUCAGCACUACAUAAUGCAGCUUUUGGACAGGGCAGAGGAGCCAUCUGGUUGGAUGAUGUCAGCUGUUCAGGAAAUGAACCAUGGAUAACAGACUGCAGACAUCGAGGAUUUGGGGUCCACUACUGCAGUCACAGUGAAGAUGCUGCUGUGGUCUGUGAACCCAAUUGAAAAAAUAAUUAACUUAAGUGUAUUUAAAAUGCACUGAAAUAUUGCAAAGUAUGUUUCAAAUACAUUCAUAUAAAUGUGCACUCAUUUUAAAUAGAUUGAAAGUAUAUUAAUUUUAUGCUAUCAUGAAAUACUCAAUAGUAUAUUUUCACCACACUUAAUUAAAAAUUGAAAUAUAGUGUACUUUUAUACUAUCAUGAAAUAUUCAAAAGUAUGAUGACUGCAUCAUGUGACCUACAUCUGGAUGUCUCUGCCACCUUCCACCUUUAAAUUUGAAAAACUGCCACCGUACCAAUACAAAAAUACCACAUUGUGGGAAAAUAGUGUG